AUGGGCAACAACCGCCAACACCGGUUCAGAAACCACCGUCAGAAUCACGCUCAAUCAAGUCGACACUCACUAGACAACGAAUCUCAAAGCUCCGUCGUUCAAGAAACUCGUGACGGUCAUAAUAAUGAAGAAGCGGAGGAACUCACUAAACCUAAAAUAAAGCUUGCAAUGUGGGAUUUUGGCCAAUGCGAUGCCAAAAAAUGCACCGGACGCAAGCUUUCAAGGCUGGGUUUUCUAAAAGAGUUACGUGUGAGUAAUGGUUUUGGGGGAAUUGCUUUAAGUCCUGUUGGACAGCAAUGUGUCUCAAGAGAAGAUUCUUCUUUAAUCCAGAAUAAAGGAUUGGCUGUUGUGGAUUGCUCAUGGGCACGCUUAGAUGAUGUGCCUUUUGCGAAGUUGCGCUGCCCCGCUCCUCGUCUCUUGCCAUGGCUUGUAGCAGCAAACCCGAUAAAUUAUGGUCGGCCAUGUCAGCUAUCUUGUGUAGAGGCCUUGUCUGCUGCUUUGAUAAUAUGUGGAGAAGAAGAAACAGCAAAUCUGGUGCUUGGCAAGUUUAACUGGGGUCACUCUUUUACGUCUCUGAAUAAGGAAUUACUGAGGGCCUACUCUAAAUGCCAAAACAGUGCUGAAAUUAUUUCUGUUCAAAAUGAUUGGCUAUCACAAGCACGUCAGGUUCCAAGGGCUCCUCCUACUGAUAGCAAAGCAGAUGUUAUGCAUGAAAAUGAAGAUAAUGUUCAAAACUCUUCCGAUUCUGAAGAUGGGCUUCCACCUCUUGAAAGGAAUGUGAAUCAUUUAAACAUAGACAACAGUGAUGAAGAGAGUGAAGAUGAGCUCCCACCUCUUGAAAGGAACAUGAAUCAUUUGAACAUAAACAAUAGCGAUGAAGAGAGUGAGUAG